AUGCAGGCCAACAACGACUUUGACUACAUUGACCCCGCCAGCCGCAUCCGCUCGGCCAUCAGCACAAAACAGGUCAACGACAAGCUCGACGAACAGCGCAGCGGCACCAAAAACGACCCCGCAUCGCGCUGGCACCGAGGCGGCGUGCUCGUAAGCCGCCUCGCAGAGUCCCACAUCCAGCCCGCACCCGCCGUCCACUCGUCGUCGUCACCACGGCCACCGAGCUCGUCUACGACCAAUGCCGAGCACGAGCACGAUGCCGGCAACGACGACGACCGCGCCAGCAAGCUCGCCUCGUCCUCAUUCCUGGCGUCCAAGCUGCCCUUCGGCUUCCGCUCCAAGGACGAAGAGCAAGAGUACGUCGAGGAGUCCAAGCUCAUGACAAAGCGCAUGGAGGAUCAAAACUGGCUCGAGAUGCUCGAUCCCAAGCACCGCUACGGCAGCAACAUCAAGCACUAUCACCGUUUCUGGAACCUCAAGGCCGACACCGACCAGAACUUCCUCCAGUGGCUCGACGAGGGCGACGGCAAGGACCUCUCGCUCGAGGAGUGCCCGCGCUCCAAGCUCGAGGCCGAGAGGAUCACCUAUCUCACGCCCGACCAGCGCCGAAACUACAUGACCUACAUCGACACCGACCCCUGCCCGCCGCAAGAGGGGCUCGCCCACACCGGCACCGAGGGCGACCUCCGCGCCAGGCUCAACAAGCUCGGCGUGUCUUCCUCGUUUGGCAAGCCCUGGAACGCCACACAGGGAAGGGGCCGCCUGCGAUGGUGCAAGACCGGCGAGCUGGUCAGCACGUCCAAGUACGACCACGGCGACCUCGGACAGGGGCGCGGCAUUGCCCUUCGCGGAAGCGCAGAGUGGAAGGCCGCCGUGUUCUCUGGCGAAGCUGCAGACGUGGUGCGUUCGGACAAGAUCAAGGUCCGGCGGAGGAGAGACUCGGGCUCCUCAUCGGCCAGCUACACGUCGUGGAACGAGAGCGACCUCUCUUCGAUCGAAGGCGCUUCUGUAUCCUCACUCGCUGCAGAUUCGGACGACGACGAGCGGACAUCGUCAUCGGCCCCGAAAGCCUCGCUCGACGAGAAACACCAGUCGAAGCGGGAAAAGUGGCUCGAGAAGGCCAACCUGGGCCCUAAGUACUGGGUCAAGCACAAGCUCGGGCUCUACGCGGCCAAGGAUCGUCAGCAGCACAUCGGCUGCCCAGAAAAAGCGCAGGGCCGGGGCCAGCAGCCUGCCGGCGACGUCGAAGGCCAAGACGAGGAGGACGAUGACCGAGACCAUCCGCCAGAUGCGCUCAUCCGUCGACGAAAGGCCGACACGUGGCUGUUUGUGGCCGACCUCGCCGCCAACCUCUACAUCGGCAUCAAGACUCGUGGGCAAUUUCAGCACUCGUCGUUUCUCGGAGGCUCGAUUGUCGCGGCUGCCGGCAUCCUGAAGGUCAAGGACGGCAUCAUCACCUCGAUCUACCCCUGGAGCGGCCACUAUCGCAGUGGCGGCGAGCACUUCGAGGCGCUCGUCAACCGCCUCCGCCAGAGGGGUCUUGAUACGAGCGGGAUCAACGUGCGGAAGAGCAAGCUGCUCAUCGAAGGUGUCAAUCGCUAUGGGCGGUACCGCAAGGCAAAGGAUCGGAAGAAGCUCGAGAUCAAGGAGAGGCUCAGGGAGGGGUGGCACUCGCACUUUGGCAGCGCCGAGCGGCAGCACGCGGGGGGGCAAGGUGGCGGGCCGCACGAGAAGGCACGAUCGCCGAGGCCACCGGCCGACAACAGCGAGCGGACGCCAACGAAAGUCGAUUCGACCUCGCCCGACGCGGAGAGAAGAAGUCAGGACGGAGGCGUCAAGGCCGAGGCCGAGGCCACGGCGACAACGACAACGACGGCAUCGUCGUCACACGCGGACGAUGCGUCGAUACCGGAUGCAGAUCACCGCAAGGCAAUCGACCAUUGCGCAAAAGCUAUGGCUUCGGGCUUGAAGUCGGACGGACAGCCAGCGCAAGACGGAUAA